CUUAUCUACACAAAUGGAAAUUGUGCAAACAUUAGAACUUGUGAUUUCUUUGAACUUCAACUUUAGACAUGGAAUUUGAUAAUGGGAAACAGAAUCAAAGAUGCACAUUUCGAGGGAUAAAGUUGGUUUCCUUUGUUGCUCUAUGCCUCAUUCUAGUCUCUCCUGCUGAUGCAUUUGAUCCAUUGGAUCCAACUGGGAAUGUGACAAUAAGAUGGGAUAUCAUGUCCUGGACAUCAGAUGGUUAUAUGGCAACUGUAACAUUAUUCAACUUCCAACUAUACAGAAACAUUAUGAACCCUGGCUGGACACUAGGAUGGACAUGGGCCAAGAAAGAAAUCAUAUGGGCCAUGAUGGGGGCCCAAGCAACAGAACAAGGUGACUGUGCAAAGUUCAAGUUAAAGAUUCCACAUAGUUGCAAAAGGAGUCCACAAGUGGUUGAUUUAUUACCUGGUGCUUCAUAUAAUAUGCAAUACACAAAUUGUUGUAAAGGGGGGGUCCUAACAUCUUGGGGACAGGACCCUACAGGUGCUAUCUCUGCUUUUCAGAUGGGUGUAGGACUCUCUGGAAGAUCUAAUAAGACAGUUAAACUUCCUAAGGAUUUUAAAUUGCUUGGGCCUGGUCCUGGUUAUUCAUGUGGGCCUGCUAAGCGAGUUCCUUCCACUGUUAUUUUUACUGAUGAUCAUAGAAGAAAAGCUCAAGCUUUGAUGUCCUGGAAUGUGACAUGUACUUAUUCACAGUUUCUUGCCUCCAAGAACCCAAGCUGUUGUGUUUCAUUGUCAUCUUUUUACAAUGACCAAGUCACAGCUUGCCCAACUUGUGCUUGUGGUUGUCAGAAUAAUGCCACUUGUGUCACGAAAGAUUCAAAAAUAUUGAAAGAGAGUGAUGGGAAUAAUAAGACUAGGAAGAGUGAUAUAACACCAAAACCAUUGUUACAAUGCACACAUCACCUUUGUCAUGUUCGUGUGCAUUGGCAUAUAAAAGAUAACUAUAAGGAUUAUUGGCGUGUCAAGAUUGCAAUCAUCAACUUCAACUAUAGAUUGAAUUUCACACAAUGGGGUCUUGUUGUGCAACACCCUAAUCUCAAUAAUGUUACACAAGUUUAUAGCUUUGAAUACAUGCCACUUCUUCCCUAUGAAGCCAUAAAUGACACAGGAAUGUUCUAUGGUUUGAAAUAUUACAAUGAUCUAUUAAUGGAAGCUGGUCCUAAAGGAAAUGUACAAUCUGAAGUACUUAUGAAAAAGGACAAAAACACAUUUACACUCAAGCAAGGAUGGGCUUUUCCUAGAAGGGUAUACUUCAAUGGUGAUGAAUGUAUGCUACCACCUCCUGAUUCAUACCCUUUCUUGCCAAAUUCUGCUUAUAGCCUACCAAAAAGUGUUACACUGAUAAAAGCCUAUGUGAUUUUUGCAUCAUUUUUCAUUUGGUUUUGACACUUUUGUGAUGUGUAAGGGAAGCAAGUUAGUUAGUUUAUGAAGCCUAUUAUGAGAGUGAUGAUUUUUUAUGAGAAACUAGAUUAUGGCCCGCGCGCUGCGCGGAUAUUAAUUAAUUAAUUUUAUAAAUUUUAUAAGUAA